AUGCGUGAAAUCGUUCAUCUUCAAGUUGGCCAGUGUGGUAAUCAAAUCGGAUCCAAGUUUUGGGAGGUGAUUUCUGACGAGCACGGAAUUGAUCCAACAGGAGCAUACCAUGGAGAUUCAGAUCUGCAGUUGGAACGUAUUAAUGUUUACUACAAUGAAGCGGCAGGAGGCAAAUACGUACCACGUGCCAUAUUGGUCGAUUUGGAGCCAGGAACAAUGGACAGUGUUCGUGCGGGUCCAUUCGGUCAACUGUUUCGACCAGAUAAUUAUGUCUUCGGGCACAGCGGUGCUGGAAAUAAUUGGGCUAAAGGCCAUUAUACAGAAGGCGCCGAACUCGUCGAUUCAGUGUUGGAUGUGAUGCGUAAGGAGGCAGAGAACACGGAUUCCCUUCAAGGUUUCCAGUUGACUCAUUCACUUGGUGGUGGAACGGGUUCGGGUAUGGGAACACUGUUGAUCUCGAAAAUCCGUGAGGAAUAUCCUGAUCGAAUAAUGAACACAUUCUCUGUUGUCCCGUCUCCUAAGGUGUCAGACACCGUUGUCGAGCCAUACAAUGCUACACUGUCCGUCCACCAACUCGUCGAGAACACUGAUGAGACAUUCUGCAUUGACAACGAAGCACUCUACGAUAUAUGCUUCAGGACGCUGAAAUUAACCAACCCGACAUACGGCGAUUUGAAUCACUUGGUGAGUGCGACGAUGUCGGGAGUGACAACGUGUCUGCGAUUCCCUGGUCAGCUGAAUGCCGAUCUACGCAAACUGGCGGUGAAUAUGGUGCCAUUCCCACGUCUUCAUUUCUUCAUGCCUGGUUUCGCCCCACUCACUAGUCGUGGGAGUCAACAAUACCGUGCACUCACGGUUCCUGAACUCACACAACAAAUGUUCGACGCGAAGAAUAUGAUGGCUGCGUGUGAUCCACGACACGGGCGUUACCUGACUGUAGCUGCCAUCUUCCGUGGUCGUAUUUCUAUGAGGGAAGUUGA